AUGUAUCAAUUUGCCACAUCUGACCAAAUGAAGCUCAAAUUAACGAUUCUUGCCCAAAUCAAGAAGCGCCAAAUUCAAAGAGCCUAUCUUAUAUGAUAUAAUGAAGCCUCAAAAAAUUCGAUCAUUGCAAAAUAUAAUAAAUUAAAAGCAUAUGCAUUAAAAUUACUGAGAAAGCGAAGUCCAGGAAGAGCACCAAAAAUUGAAAUAAAAUCCGUUAAAUCCCCCAAGACUCCAGAAAUUGAAGAAAAAGGUGCACCUGCUCCAAUGUAUACUGAAAGGGCCAAAACUUCUUCAACAGACAAACAAUUUCUUCUAAAAACUUUUUCAUUCCCCAAAAAACCUAAGGAGCAAGCUACCCCAAGCACAAAAGAGCACACACCAAACAGGAGGACCCCUGUAAAACGCAACACGAGUGCUCCUCCAAAAUCACCAAAAAAUUUAUUUGAUAAAAUUCGCAACGAUUUACAACAAAAAGCCUUAAGAUCUGAUACCCCAACUGAACGAAAAUCUAUAGAAAUUGGUGAAAGAUUAUUCAGAAAUGCAGAAGUGAUUAAUAAAAAGAAAGAAAUUUUACGCAGCAAUAGCAAAGAAAACUACUCUUUUAAACCAAAAAUAUUGGAAAGCACACAUAAAUGGCUGAAUAAACGUGAUGGUAAAGCGGAUCAGGCGAAAAAAGAGCAAGUUGCUAUUGUGUCAUGCUCAGAAGUAAUGACUAGCAGAGCAAAUAGGUUUGGAUUUUUGAAGACGUUUGAUCCAGAGUGCAAUAUGGCAGAUCAGUCUAAUGAGGAAUUGGAGGUAGCCUUGGGAGAGUCAAGUGAAAAGAGGACUAACACAUCCAGUGAGAUUAUUUGGAUGGCUGGUGGUUAA